UUGCAUUGCUGCACUCUACACUCCCAACAUGACUGCAUUGCUGCCGCCCAAUCUCCUGCGGCUGUUCGCACCACGGCCGCAGCCGCCAUACCUCAAGCCGCUCACGAAGGAGCCCUCGAUCCGCGGCCCCGACAAGCUCGACGGCAUUUCGAGCAUCGUCAAGCGUCUGCGCGAAGAAGCCGAGGAAGCCGAGUACCAGGAAGGCCUGGAGGACAAGCCCAAGGUCAAGGCGGACGAGGACGGCGAGGACAAGAAGGCCGAGCUGCAGCAGCAAAUGGACGUUGACGGCGAGGACGGCGAAGUCAAGGAGGUCGUCAAGAAGGAGGUGCCAAAGGGCAAGGGGAAGAAGAAGGACCCUAUCGCCGCUGCGGGUGUUAUUGGGCAAGAGGCCGUCAAGAUGCGCCGAGAGCUGAGAAAAAAGCGCAAGGAGGAGUACAAGAAGAGCUCGGAGAAGCAGUGGGACCCCAACCACGACAGCCACGUCGGCGGUGACCCGUACAAGACGCUCUUCAUCUCGCGAUUGUCAUCCAAGGCGACCGAGACGGACCUGCAACAGGAGUUUGAUGUCUACGGCAAGAUCGACAAGAUCCACAUCAUCCGCGACCGCAAGGGCAAGAGCAGGAACUAUGCGUUUAUCGUGUAUGAGCGCGAGCGCGACAUGAAAGCGGCAUACAAGGACGCAGACGGCAUUCCAAUUCACCACAAGAAGAUUGUCGUCGACGUCGAGCGAGGACGCACCGUCAAGGGCUGGAAGCCACGAAAGCUCGGCGGCGGACUGGGAGGUCGACCCAAGCCAGUCGACCCGGCAACACAGUUCGGCUUUGGCGGGCCACCUGGUGGUGGAUUCCGGGGUGGAUUCCGUGGUGGCUUCCGCGGCGGGUUCCGUGGAGGACCACCUGGAGGUGGUGGAUUCCGCGGCGGAGGAGGAGGUUUCCGCGGUGGACCGCCCGGCGGCGGCGGCGGCUUCCGCGGCGGGUACGGUGGUGGCGGACCACCUGGAGGAGGAGGCUUUGGUGGUCCUCGCGGACCUCCAGGGGGCGGAUUCGGCGGCGGAGGUGGCGGCGGUGGCUACGGUGGCCCACCUGGCGGCGGCGGUGGUGGUGGUGGCUAUGGCGGAUCGAACGGUUACGGCGACGGCCCUGGCGGAGGCGGUGGCUUCAAGAGGGAGUACGGCGCCCCCGGCGGUGGUGGAGGGUAUGGAGGCGGCGGCAGCAGCUACGACGACCGCGACUCGAAGCGGCCACGAUACUAG